CACCAAUAUUUAACAACCAAGGGGAAGAUAAUGGAGAAUACGAUCGAUAAUAGCUACAUUGUUGGUACUUUCUUCGUUUCUUUAUUAGCUUUUGUUGUUCAAUUGAUUCUACGACGUCGUACAAGCAACUCAGUCUCUCACUCGAGGAAGAUAAUUUAUGGUUACAAUAACGUUUUUAAAAAUCGGAGCGAUUUGACAUGUGGAGAGUGCUUUCAACCUCGUUACGGGUCUGUAGAUGCUGACGUCAUCAUCGUCGGGGCUGGUGUCUCUGGUGCCGCCCUUGCUCAUACUCUUGGCAAGGAAGGACGUAAAAUUCGAGUGAUCGAAAGGGAUUUAACCGAACCCGACAGGAUUGUAGGUGAAUUGCUACAACCAGGUGGAUACCUUAAGCUAAUUGAGUUGGGUCUUCAAGACUGUGUGGAGGAAAUAGAUGCUCAAAGGAUACUUGGAUAUGCUCUUUUCAAAGAUGGAAAGAUCACUAAAUUACCAUAUCCCCUUGAGAAAUUUUGUUCAGGCGUUUCUGGUCGAGCGUUUCACAAUGGGCGAUUCGUUCAGAGGAUGCGGGAGAAAGCCGCUACUCUUCCUAAUGUAACUAUGGAGCAGGGUACUGUUACAUCCCUUAUUGAAGAUGAAGGAACUAUUAGAGGUGUUCAAUAUAAAAAUAAAUCUGGUCAAGUUACCAAAGUGUUUGCGCCUCUUACAAUCGUUUGCGAUGGUUGUUUCUCUAACUUGCGUCGUUCCCUUUGCAAGCCACAGGUUGAAGUUCCCUCAUGCUUUGUGGGGUUGGUUUUGAAGAACUGCGAGCUUCCGUAUCCAAACCACGGGCAUGUCGUGUUAGCCGACCCAUCACCGAUCUUAUUUUAUCCGAUUAGCAGCAAUGAAGUUCGUUGUUUGGUUGAUAUACCUGGUCAAAACCUUCCUUCUCUAGGUAAUGGUGACAUGUCAAAGUAUUUGAAGACCAUUGUGGCACCUCAGGUUCCACCUGAGGUGCAUGCUGCAUUUAUGGCUGCUAUUGAUUCAGGGAAUAUAAAAACAAUGCCAAACAGAAGCAUGCCCGCCUCUCCUGUUUCGACACCUGGCGCGCUUUUAUUGGGCGAUGCUUUCAACAUGCGCCAUCCUUUGACCGGUGGAGGGAUGACCGUUGCACUUGCUGACAUUGUUGUGUUACGAGACCUUCUUAAACCGUUGCAUGAUUUUACUGAUGCAAAUUUGCUUACCAAGUAUCUCGAGUCAUUCUACACCUUACGCAAGCCAGUGGCGUCUACAAUAAACACAUUAGCCGGAGCUCUAUACGUGGUGUUUUGUGCAUCACCCGACAAAGCAAGGAAAGAAAUGCGAGAAGCAUGUUUUGACUACUUGAGUCUAGGUGGCAUUUGUUCAACCGGGCCCGUUGGUCUCCUUUCUGGGCUAAACCCAAGCCCGGUUUGCUUAGUCCUUCAUUUCUUUGCGGUGGCUGUUUAUGGCUUUGGUCGUCUUAUGCUACCUAUACCUACCCCUAAACGGUUAUGGCUCGGUGUUAGGUUGAUUCUGGGCGCGUCGGGGAUUAUUUUUCCUAUCAUUAAAGCUGAAGGGGUGAGGCAAAUGUUCUUUCCUGCUAGUGUGCCUGCAUAUAACAGAGCUUCUUCAAAGAAGGGGUCACAAUGAUAUUGGUUUGAAGACAAUUAUAGGCACAGCUUAUUAUUAGAUAACAUCCUAGGGAGAUAUAGGGCUUGCAAUUGUAAAUUUCAGUCCUAAAUAUGUGUGUAUAUUCUUUAUGUGUAUGUGUUAGACAUUUCAAAGUAAAAGAAAUGUGAGAGUGGUUUGCUAUUAUUUAUUAAUAAUUGAUAUUAAUCUA